AUGUCGUCAGAGAGCCGUCGCGCCAACCCUGACCAAGUCUCCAUCUCCGGGUUCUCGUCCGGCGGCUCCUUCGCCGUGCAGUACCACGUCGCCCACUCCCAGAGCAUCAUGGGAGCUGGCGUGCUGGCGGGAGGUGCAUAUGGUCUUUGUAGUUUCAUAGUUGUACUUAGAAUGCACGACGAUAUGCCAGUGGCAGUAGUCCUCGGUGACGUCCCUUUUCUCCGUGAUCGUCCAGCACCUUACCACAGCAGCGGUUCCAUCCUGUUCAACAUCCCCGGUCUGCAGCAGGACACGCAGACCUUCUACCAGGCCAACCUGGUGGACAACCCGUCCAACAUGGCUGCCGACAGGGUCUAUCUGUUCCACGGCUCCAGCGACAUCAUGGUGCCAGAGUAUGCCAUGACUUCGCUGAGAGAAUACUACAAAGGAUUUGUUGACAACAACAACAUUAAGGAAGUGCUUGACGUGCCUGCAUUUCACGGAUUUCCCACGGCGGACUAUGGUGGUGAGUGCGGACAUCUUGCUGGACCACUGUUCCUGAACAACUGUGGUUACAACGCUGCGUAUGAAGUCCUAAACCAUAUCUACGGAGGACACCGUCCUCUGACGAAACCCGACCCUUUCAGUCACGUGGCGUCCCAUGGAGAGUUCAAGGCGUUUGAUCAGAGCGAGUUCACGACGUGGCUCUUUACUCUGGAUCACGGGUUCGACAGCCUGGGGUACGUGUACAUCCCGUCCGGCUGUGCCAGCAGUACAUCGGACUGUAAGUUGCACGUCCACUUCCACGGGUGCUUCAUGGGAAGCUCAUUCGUGGGUGACGAGUUUGCGCGGAAGAGCGGGUACAACGAGGUGGGGGAGCUGAAUGACGUCAUCAUCCUGUACCCGCAGAUCAAGGGCGGCCUUCUCGCCGUGGACGUCUCUGGGUGCUGGGAUUGGAUGGCGUAUACCAACGAGAACUAUGCAUUCAAAAGUGGCGUCCAGAUCACCGCCAUUCACCGCAUGAUACAGCGCCUCCUAGAGUAGCCGCGAUGUACUGCAGAAUCGAAUAUGAGCGAACGCGAUGAGGUCACGGUGACGCAGUGGUAGGCAAAAAGCAGGUGUUUGGCAAACGAUUGAUUUACAUAUUAACCGGUAAUUUGAUCUGCUAAUUAUAAUUUAAAUGUCCAUUUUUAAUCCA